CUCGAAGUGAAUCAUAAAUCACCCUCUGGAAUUUUAUCGAGAAUGACUCGGAUCUCAGUAACACCAUUGUCACAGCUGCCUCAUGAUGUGCAGAGGCUGGUCCGGAGAGUGUUGAAUCGUUCGGUUGCAGACUUUGAGAAGUUGUGCAAUCGACUUCCAGAUUGCUCCGCAUCUGAGCUACGUAUACUGCAGCCAGUGUUCUACAAGUAUCUCAACCCGGGCCGCAUUCCUGCAAAGUCAACCCCAGCCACUACCACCGAUAUCGAACUCGCUUACCAGUCACUCUUCGCGAUUGUCGCGACUUUGCACAUCGAUGGUUCUGGUCUUGACCCAGACUCGGAAGGUUCGGAAAAGCAAUGCCUUGUUUCCGCCUGGAACCAUGUCGCUCCCUGGCUUGCCUUCUUUCAUGACCAAUUCAUUAUGUGCAGAGCCAACUAUCGACCCGUCGACAAGAUGGCUGCCAUCAGGCUUGUUACUAGCCUACUAUUCCACGUUUCUGCCAUUGGUGGCGAUUGUAACGGAUUCUCAGUGCUCUGCACUCCAGCCCUUUAUCGCCCGAUCGUGGAGUUGUGGUUGUUAGCCCUAGAAACCAAAGACAAAGAUGUAGUGUGCUUGACAUCGCAGGCCGGCGCUCGCACCACGUCUUUUCGUAUUUUCGGCUCCUUUUUGAUGGCAGAAUGUAUCUGCGACGAAACCUUUCUGACCACACUAGUCGAAGUGUCAGAUGGCAUCGAUACCGUCACCUCUGCAGCUCUGAAGUAUAUCAAGAGCAUACGGUCGAUGGCUAAGGACCCUGAUAUGACCUCCAAUACUUUCAAGCUCAGGCUGCUUGCAUCCACGUUUUCGUGCUGUGUUGCAAUUAUCUUAACAACGAGCAUGUACAAUGACGCGAUGCGGGAAGCAUAUAUCCUCCGGCAGUCCGUCAAGGAGAUUUUCUCUGCUCUCCAUGCUCUGCAGUCUCUUCCCCCGGGCAAAGGAAGUAUGGCGUCGGCCCUCUGCUCAACUUUUCCGUACCUCGAAUUUCUUCUUGAAAAUGCCGACGACCCUGUCUCAGCACUCCAUCAAGCCCUUUGCGCGCACGCCAUCGAGACCAUGGUACAUAUAAGUCCUUCUGAACACCUGGAUGUAGAAGAAGUGGAGAUAGAUUAUCGUAAGACCAGUGAGGCUUUUUUUAGCAUCUUAAUCAGUUACAUCCUUCACGACAAAAUCCUUUCCUACGUCUCUAAACACGUGGACGCUUGGUCUGAUGAUCUCGGACCAAUCGUGAGACAAGACAAACGCCUCUGGGAUGUCUGGUCCAAAGCAGAGCAGACGAUCCGAUCAUAUGGGGUGCUUAGAUCCAGAGCAGAAAUGAUAGUGUGGCCAUCACCAAGUGAAAAGGGCUGGGUUCUACAAUGUUACUGCGGUGAUACUGCGGAAGACAUUUGUUUCAAGCAAUGUGCGGGAUGUCAGGUUGUACGGUACUGCUCAAAGCAAUGCCAGCGUGACUCCUGGUAUAGUCACCAUAGAUUGAGCUGUGAAUUUCUCAAGGCAGCUGUCGGCUCAUCGACACCACACCACGUGAAACGUAGUCUGCGUCUGCUGGCCGCUCUAGAAGUUGGCCAUAAGCAACGCAAAUGGGACAAUAUUCUGAGAUUGGUCGCCGCUGCACGUUGUGAAUAUCCGGAAGAUCAGGAACGACUCGUGGUCGAGCUCGCUCUUGACAAGGAUGAAGAAUCAGUUCGACCUCUUCGAAACUACCUUUUCCUAUUCAAUGGGCUCUCUGAAAACGAGGUUGUGGACCGUUUAUCAUCCUGGAACGAUCCAAGGGGCCAACUUCGAGGAUUAUUCUUGUGUUCGGUUAUCACGAUACACGAUCGAUAUUCGUCACGACAAUUUUUGUUUAGUCCGUGUAUUGCAUUAGAUAUGGAGGUAGUGCCGCAAACGCUCGGCGGUAAACUUCAGGAUGUGUGAAUUCCUGUUCAUUGAAUCAUUGUUUGCGCUUGUUCUUUGUUUUGCCAGCUGCCCCGACAAGGAUGACGCAGUCGUAGCACUUCUGAUUUCUAUCUUUACUAGCUAGUAGCAGUACAAACGUUCCGCAGUCUCUCUGUUUACCUCUCCGCACUGUAGUACAAUUCAAUUGGAGCUAUCGAUAAGUAUAUUACUUCAGGUGAAGUGAUAUAGUAUCCGAGAUGCUGUUUAUACUUGUUUACACAAUGUUGCUUUCAA